AUGGAUAAAGGCCAUGACCUGACAGCUUUCUCAAGAACUAUUUCCGCAUCUUCUCUUAGAGGGCGAUUAACGAAGUUAACCGGUGCACCAUUGCGUCCUGUAGCUGCCCUUCAUGCUAGCAUCGACUUUGUGCCAACCAAGAUACCGCGGAAGAGGAGACUGCAGACUAUGGUCGUUGCCGUGUGGUCGGUGUUGUUAGUUAUGUCCUGCUUUGUGUUCCUAAUGCUCUGCUCCAUACCAGCGCUAUGGCCGUUCUUGGUCAUGUACCUCAUCUGGAUUUUCUGGAUAGACAAGAGCCCAGCAUACGGCAACAGACUCGCUCCGUGGUUCCGGUCCCUGAAAAUCUGGCAGUAUUUUGCAGAAUAUUACCCCGCGUCGCUCUUGAAGGAGUGCGACCUACCCGCCGAUCGCCCCUACGUGUUCGGGUACCAUCCUCAUGGUAGCAUAAUUGGAAUGGGCGCACUUGCCACCUUCGCCACGGAAGGCGAGUCCACCGGCUUCUCCAAAGCUUUUCCAGGCAUUAAGCCACACUUACUCACGCUCACUAAUAACUUCCACAUUCCUUUAUAUCGCGAAGUUAUCAUGUCGCUUGGGAUCAGCAGUGUCUCGCGAGAAUCUUGCUCCAACAUUCUCUCCAGCGGUCCGGGUCAGGCAAUCACUAUUGUAGUCGGAGGCGCUGCUGAGAGUUUGAGCGCAAGACCUGGUACGGCAGAUCUAACAUUGAAGCGCAGAUUAGGUUUUAUCAAGGUCGCGAUCCAGCAUGGGGCGGACCUUGUACCUGUGUUCUCGUUCGGCGAGAAUGAUAUAUAUAAUCAAAUGCCAAACGAGAAAGGCACCACGAUAUAUGUUCUGCAAAAGAAAUUUCAGAGCAUGUUUGGGUUUACCCUUCCGCUUUUUCAUGGGCGUGGUAUGCUGAAUUAUAACUUGGGUCUGAUGCCGUACCGACGACGGAUUGUGUCAGUCAUCGGCCGACCGAUUCAUGUUCAACGCUGCGAAAAACCAUCAUUAGAGGAGAUCGAAAGAGUGCAACGGUUGUAUAUCGAGGAAUUGACCAGGAUAUGGAACACUUAUAAGGAUGAAUUUGCAAAGACACGCUUGAGGGAGCUCAGUAUCGUUGAUUAA